ACUUUUAUAGUGGAAAAUGUUAUGAGCUUCUUUCAUUCGUGUUCAUAUUCGUGCUCUAUAGUUUAAUUACAACGGUUUAGUAUCAUUUAAUGUUCUUUUUGUUUUAUGCUUUGUGUGUGUGGAGGGUUUCGCCUGGAGAUUUCACCCUGUCAGCUUUUCUCGUGACUUUUCACCGUCUUGUGUAACGACUGUAUUUGUAGCACUGCUGUAAAUAUCCACUGUGGGAUAAAACAGGAAAAGAAAGCGUUCUGUCUAAUAAUCCUCACGGUUGUUUUGUCAACUUACAUUUCAGUUGAGCAGAUAACAAGCCAGGCAUGAAGGCCCCUAACACUGCAAGCUUCUGUAACUUCCUGUUGUCGGGUUGGAGGCGAACUGUGUCCUCACUGGACGUUCGAAGCGAAUCUGAGCGUCGUCCGACCGAAGCGUACAGAGAGUUGGAUAAAAACUAACAGAAUAUAAAGCAGCAUUAAAAGUCUUUUCUCUCUGUUGCCGUUGAAUUGAAGGAUCACUAAGGCUGACUUCACUCAGCUAAUCGAGUCGUUUUUCCUCAAGCACAAUCUCACUUUUUGUCUCACCUUCUCUGUCGCUCUGUUUCUCUGUAGUAGUGUUGCUAUAAAUUAGUAAUGGUGCAAACAAUGUGCACACAAAACAAAGCUUCAAGCUCUUCAGGAGCAACAACAUUAAUAUUGUCAUCCAUUAUUUCAUGAUGCACUUUUUUCUGUAAUAUUCUGGGCAUCGUGAUAUAGAUAUUUAUUAAAAUUACAAACUCAGAAGCAGUUAAAUGAUGCUUAUUGUUUUCAAUUGUACAGAUCCUGAGUGACUUAUAUUUUAUCUCAUCUUAUACGACUGAGGGUUAAGGGCCUUGCCCAGGGGCCCUGCAAUGACAGCCUGCGGGACCUGGGAUUCAAACUCACAAAAUUCUGAUCAUUAGCCAAACACCUUAACCACUAGGGACGGAUGGAUGGGGUGGAUAGGGAUUAGUUUGGGUUGAUGGAGUGAAGGAUGGAUGGAGAUAGAUCAUGGCCAUAUACCGGGACAAUCUCAGAGCGGUGAAUCUGCCAAAAAUGUGUGAUUUAUUCAAUCAAUCAAUUAAUUAAUCAAUUAAUUUAUUGAUUAAUUAACCGGUUAAUUGGUUAAUUAAUCAAUCAAUUAAUUAAUUAUCCUUGAAAUAAGAGAUGGCAUUACAGCAGCACACCAUCCAAACACACUCCUGCACAUGCACAACUCACUUUAGACUAUUUUUGUACAGCUCACGUCACAGACCACACACGUCACUCAGUGUCAUUGUGUUCACGUCACAUAUUCAUCUCCAUGGUAUGGUAUUAUAUUUGAUCUGAUUAUUUAGCCUAUUUGUUCAGCCUCACACUCGAAUGUACAGUAGACUGCUCCGAUUUCCUUAUGAUUACUUUGCUAAUUGUACGUUUAUUAAAUUGUGCUAUAAAUAACUACAACGAUGCUAACUGUUUAAGACGUGAAAUUUUGACAGCAGUAACAUCAACGAAAAGCCGAACAUUGUGACGAGUCGGAGCAUCGAGAUGCCGCUUCUCACUCCGUGGCCGGUUUUGACAAACGAAUGGCAUGAGUGUGGAAGGCGCUACACAUAAGCAAGUGGUAGACCUGAUCCGGACAGGAGAGAAAGAGCUGGUGCUUGCUGUUCUGUCUGUUCCACCACAAGAAGUAGACGGUCUGGACUCUGGAGAGGACGGUUCAGCUCCCCUGAGUUAUGACUACAGUGACAAGCAGGCUGUGCCCAUCUCCAUCCCCACCUACAAGCACGUGGAGCAGCAUGGAGAGAGAUUUGUUGUAUAUAAUAUCUAUUUAUCUGGCAGACAGCUGUGCUCAAAGCGCUACCGGGAAUUUUCUAUUCUGCACCAGAACAUGAAAAGAGAGUUUGCCUCGUACCCAUUUCCCAAACUUCCAGGGAAAUGGCCUUUCUCUCUCUCUGACCAACAGCUAGAUGCCCGUAGGAGAGGGCUGGAGGAAUACUUGGAGAAAGUGUGUUCAGUGAGGAUCAUUGGAGAGAGUGACAUUAUGCAAGAGUUCCUCUCUGAGUCAGAUGAGAACUAUAACGGUGUAACUGAUGUGGAGUUGCGAAUAGCGAUGCCAGAUAAGACCACCAUUUCAGUGAGAGUGCGCAAAAACAGCACCACUGAUCAAGUGUACCAGGCCCUAGUGAUGAAGGUUGGCAUAGACAGCAUCAUGGCCAGUUACUUUGCCCUUUUUGAAGUGAUCAACCACUCCUUUGUUCGUAAGUUGGCCCCUAACGAAUUCCCCCACAAGCUGUAUGUGCAGAACUACACGUCCGCGGUGCCGGGGACCUGUCUGGCGCUGCGAAAGUGGCUUUUCAGCGUAGAAGAACAAGAGCUUCUCCAGGAAAAUCCUCUAGCUCUCCAUUACUGCUUCCACCAGUCGCAGGACGAUGUGAAGAAGGGAUUCAUCAAAGCAGAGGAAAAGUCCUAUCAGCUUCAGAAGUUAGCGGAGCAAAGAAAGAUGACUACGUACCUGAAUUUGCUCCGCACAUGUGAGGGCUAUAAUGAAGUAGCGUUUGCCCAUUGCCCAUGUGACUCACGGAGGAGAGGUCAUGUGAUCGCCGCUGUCAGCAUUCACCAUUUCAAACUUCACGCUUGCACUGAGGAUGGCACACUGGAGAACCAGGUUAUAGUUUUCGAAUGGUCUGAGAUGCAGAGGUGGGACACGGACGAGGAGGGAAUGGCUUUCUGCUUUGAAUAUGUACGAGGGGAGAAAAAGCCUCGCUGGGUCAAGAUCUUUACUCCUUAUUUUAACUACAUGCACGAGUGCUUUGAGAGGAUUUUCUAUGAGCUCAGCUGGAGGAAAGAGGUGGAAGAGGAGGCUUCAGACAAAGACAACAAGAAUUGCAAUGAGUACCUCCCUCCACUGGAACAGCAGAAGCGAUGGCACCACCUAGGGAAAGAAAUUGCCACCACUUAGGAAGACGUUUCUCUGGACACCAGCAAAAACUGACCUGGGUGACAAAAGUAGAAGA